AUGGAGAAGCAAAACGUGCCCAUGCAGCAAUACCCUCAAUCGCCAGACGCGACCGGUCAACCACCCAUCUACCACCAAGAUCCCAACGCACAAUACCAGCAGCAACCAGCCAUGUACACACAACAGCCUCAAGAUCACCCUACUGGCUCGCCAGCGCCUCAGCAUCCGCAAGGCGCAUACGUGCAACCUGAUCACGCUGGCGCCCAGCCUGGCAUGCCUCCCCAACAACAAAGCGGAGCCGUCUACCAGAACGCCACACCAAUCGCGAACUUGAACCGUGGACCUGCACCUACAGAUUGCCCUGCAUGCGGACAGCGUGCCAUGACCAACGUUGCUUUCGAGACGGGAAACUCGACGCACGCCUGGGCUCUCGGUCUUUGCUGCCUCUGCUGCUUGGGAUGCAUUCCUUAUGUGAUGAACUCACUCAAGGACGUCCAGCACAAGUGCGGUCGCUGUGGCGUGCUUCUUGCGACUUGGCACCGUAGCGGAAGCACCGAGGUUCACAUCCACUCUUAG